GCACGUUUGUUUCGGUUUGUUUUCAUGGUGGAUGUUGAAUGACAGGGCACCACAGAAGUUGCUGAUUGUGAAGCCGUUUGAUUAAGAAACAGGUUUACACUGUGCGCAGACGAAGAUACGGGGAUUAUCAACAUGUCUUCUCCUGAGCCCAUCGUCAGGUCAAGACAGACUGAAAAAGAGGUCAACGGCGUUUCGACACAGGUCGUCUGUACAGAGUUCAGUAAUUACAUAUUCGUAGUUCUCACUCAGUAUGGCAAAAUCGGAACAUUGGUAUCUGUCACACCUGACUCCAGAUCUAAUGAUAUCAGCACCCCAACAUUUUCCACCAAAGUGCUGCUGGGCAAAGACGAGCCACUGACACACGUCUGUGCCAAAAACUUGGCAACGUUUGUGUCACAAGAAGCCGGCAACAGGCCUGUCUUACUGGGACUAGCACUAAAGGAUUCUUCCAUAGAUUCAAUUAAACAAAUGAAAGAGAUCAUCAAAAGUUGUCAAGUGUGGUAGGAAGUCAACAAAACGGACACAUAACUUUCUGGAUGCCCUCAAUGUCACAUUUUUCUGUUGCGUCUCUUUAAACUUCAGGGAUUUUACCCUUUCCUAAAUGCCAGCCUGUAAUUAAAACAAAACCUUGAGGAUUGUGCCUCAAGACAGAAAUGUAUAAAACCAGUUUCAUUUACUCUGAUCCUUUUGAUUUCUUGAGAUAGGAAUGAAUGUGUUAUGGAAAACACAAUUUAGAAUUUUCUGCACUCUACUGCGGUCUGAAAAACUGAAGAUGGUGCAAUGACUAAGUUAUACUUUGCAAAAUUAUGGCCAGUAAUUUCAGUUUCAUCACUCUAUGACAUACACACCAUCUUUACAGUUUUGUUUUAUAAUUUGUAAUUCUUUAUACUGUUAUUUGUAUUUCAGAAAUUUUCUAAAUUUGUGUCAUGAGGAGAAUUUAGAAAUAAAACAGGCCACUUCUAAAAGUUUUUUUUUUUCUGUCUUUGAAACAAAUGCCACUCAAUCAUCUCUACCCCCGUGAAGGACAGUUUGGGUUCAGCACUAGAUAAACAUUGUAAGUAUCACAAAUAUCCCCAUCAAACUGGGAAAUGGGGUCAGGCCUUUUCUAAUCAGGCAGAGGUCUUUGCUUCAUUUAUCAGUUACAGCUGUAUAACAGGCUACAAUGCAGUUAGACAGUCAUUU